AUCCUUAGUCUGAAGAAGAAGUAGUAUCUUUUUCACGGUCUAUUUACAUUGAAACAAACAAUCUUAAACUUACUUUUUGGCUAAAACAACGAUAGUAACUGGACGACUUCAUUAUUUUGCCAAGUACAAAGACGACGCUUAUAAAAUGCGCAAUCAUUAUUACAGAUCCUAAUUCAUUAGAAGUUGCUUAUUAUUAGCAGAGUUAAUUGACAUACUUAACUUGCGCAAUUUAUACGCCCAAAGGUUAUCUGGUACUCGAUACAGUAACGAAAAUACUCGAGUAAUACACAGUCAUUAACAAGUGCUACUACACACGCGAAUAAAGUAUCACAACAAAAUGAAUACUAUUUUGGCAGUGUUCAUCGCUUGUGUUUUACCUUCAGUAUUUACUGUUACUCGUAAAUUCACUAUAGACGAGAAUUGGGUGUGCAACGUGAAACGGUCGUGCUUAGAGUGCCUAAGACUGAGUCAGUGUUCUUGGUGCCAAGCGGAAAAUAGAUGCUUUUCAAGGAAAUUGCCUACUUUUGAAGAUUUUUGUAGAGAUAAUUCAACAGAAUAUCAAAAUUAUAGAUUAAGUUUUAUGGACAACGCGAAGUGUUCAUGUGCCGGAGGCCACUUGGAAGAGAACUGCUACCCUCCGGGAGUGACGGAGGGCCCGAAAUGCACUGGUCGAGGUGCAUGCAUCUGCGGCCGCUGCGCUUGCAACCCUAUGCCUGACCCGGAACACCCUACGAAGAUGGUGAUGGGUGAAUUUUGUGAAUUCGAUAACUUCUCCUGCGAAGGGCCGCGAUGCAACGAGGGACCGUUUUUACACAAUGAUAUAAAAAAUUUGAAUAAUGAAACGGUUGAGGAAAACGCCGAAGAAUAUUAAUACAAUUUAUUUAGGUGUAGGUUUUUUUAUGUAGGUUUGUGCGGAUUUUUUUUUGUUUCAGAAACACACUACAUAUUUAAAUAGUCAUAAUACUUAUCAUAAAAUAUUAUAAAUAGAAUAGAUGGAAUAAAUAAUGUUUUUAAUUUGCAAAGUCA